UUAUGUAGCACUAUUUCUCAGAUCAGCAAAGUGAUGGAUGAGCACCCCCGCCAACCCAACGAUCAAGGAAGAGUUGUAGCUCCUCCUAUUACUGGCAAUAAGUUAAAGGACUUGGAAACUUUGCAGCACUCAAAAAGGCUUCUCAUAGUUCGACAUCCUUUCGAUCGACUUGUGUCUGCAUUUCGAGAUAAACUGGAACGAUGCCAUGGUCUUGAUCCAUGCAUUUUAAAAACCAAUUGGUACUAUAAAACAUACGGAAGAGGAAUGGUGUCAAGUUAUAGAAGAGCUGCAAUUCAACGAUUCUCGGAAGAAUUUUUUUUACCAGAGAACAAUUUUGGAAGUCCUCUACCUGUGGAUAAAACAUGGCGGAGUGCUGACCUACCCAGCUGGUGGGAAUUCAUUCAGUAUAUACUAGAAACUAGUCCUGAGCAUUAUGAUGAGCACUGGAGACCAAUGUCGAUGUACUGUGCUGCUUGCUCCUUUUCAUACAACUAUAUUCUACACUUUGAAAAUAUUGAUCAGGAGGAGAUAUUUUUUGCUGAAGAGUUAGGUGCUAAAGAUAAAAUACAACACAGAUGGGAAAAUAGAAAUGAUGAAGGAUUUAAAAAAGAAGAGUUGGUGGGAAAAUAUUUCAGUUUGCUGAAUGACAGUGAAAUUGAGAAACUUUACCAAAUAUAUAAAGAUGAUUUUCAACUGUUUGGAUAUCAGUUUCAGUUUAGAGAUAUCAAACUUAAUAUGCCUUGAUUGUGGUGAUUUUACAACAAUUCAUAGAAAUUUCAAAAGCCUAACUUUUUUCAGGAUCCAUCCAAUUUUUAUUCAUUCCAGAGUUGGGGAUUAUUAAAUGCGGAUAAGGUUCAGCCUGUGUUAACCACUGGUUCGAGCUCAGCUACGCUGAGUUAACCACUGUUUCGAGCUCAACUGCGCGGUGUUAACCACUGGUUCGAGCUCAGCUACGCUGUGUUAACCACUGGUUCAAGCUCAGCUACGCUGUGUUAACCACUGGUUCGAGCUCAGCUACGCUGAGUUAACCACUGUUUCGAGCUCAACUGCGCGGUGUUAACCACUGGUUCGAGCUCAGCUACGCUGUGUUAACCACUGGUUCGAGCUCAACUGUGCUGUGUUAAACACUGGUUCGAGCUCAACUGCGCUGUGUUAACCACUGAUUCGAGCUCAAUUGCGCUAUGAAACAAAAUUUUGCGAAUUUUUAUUCAAAGCUUGCUUAAAGAAUUUGUUUUGUUUCAACAAAUGAGAUUGCUAAGAUACUUUACAGAAGAUGCACGAGGAAGUAACGUCAUAAAUUCAACUAAAUCUUUUUUAUUACACCCUCUUCCAAAUUCAAAAUCGUCCACUACUGAAUUCAAUUU